UUCGCUGCCCCGUGAGAGGCGGGGGCGGAGGCUUGAUCAGCGUCAGAAUCCACCAAUCACCGGCGGCCCAGCACUCAGGCCCGCCCCCUCGAUGUGUACAGUACAUUCCUCUCAGAGACGAAACGAAGUCACACGAAGAGAAGACGAGACGGAGAGUACACGACACCGUGUACUUUAUCAUGAUUCUACUUUACUAUACUCCAUACAUGAGGACUUUAUAUACGGAGAUUUUAUAUACGAGGAUACUUUAGAGACGAGGAUACUUCCUGAGGAUAUUUACAUCUGAGGAUACUUUACAUCUGAAGGUACUUUACACCUGAAGGUCCAUGUUGGGUCGUGGCGUGAAGCGGAAGUGGAGCUGCCUGGAGGAGCUGGAGGUGGAGAUGGCCCCGGCUGCAGUGACGGAGGAGAAGGAGCAGCGUGGGGAGGUGGAGCUCGUUGUGGCGCCGUCCAGAUCCGAGACGAACCACCUGCAGCAGCGGCAGCGGGUGCUCGGCCUCUGUCUGGAGAAGCUGCAGCGGUACCAGGUCGGGAUGGAGCUCAGCCUCCGCCGCUCGGUGCUGCUCAUCAACACGCUCCGGCAGAUCCAGGAGGACAUGCAGAGCGACGGGGCUGGAGCCGGCAGCCCGGACGCUCCCCUCCAAGGCGUCCACCCUGACUCUCGUCUUCUCAGGGAGGACGGGCCGGUCACAUGCCCGGGGUGUGCAGAGGGGGACAGGGACGACCUGCCUCUGUCUCCACCGCUGUCCCCUGAACUCUCCUCUCAGGAGGCAAACAGCUCGGCCAACCAGCAGAAACCCCCGCCCGCCACCACCAUCAGUGCUUUUAGUGAUGCAGUAAACGCCAUGGGCUACCUCAGCGACCUCACCCUGGACGACAUCUUUGAGGACAUUGACACGUCCAUGUAUGAGACCUCAGAUCUGCCUCCUGUCUGGUCGAGCAGCUCCUUGUGGCCCGUCAGCGUCUCCCUGUGGACGGACGAGGACGUGAAGAUGCGCUCGCCAGGCCACGGCUCACCAGGGAGUCUGAAUGAGCUGGACCACAUCAUGGAGAUCCUGGUGAAGUGCUGACCACCAGGAGGAAGUCCGGGACGUUUACGACAUUUGAUCGAUCAAAGCUUCUCAAACACUGAUGUGAGGGUCGAUGAUGGUCCAUUCAAGGCUCCGUUGGACAUUUUACAUGAAAACGAGUUUUUAACAUCAGCUUUAAAACACGUUGCACUGUUUUGUAGUUGUGGCGUCAAACGGGAGAAAAAGACAAACGAGAGAAUCUGCGUCUUUUCUCUGUACUAUACUGUUUUACACUUCUGAUAUUUUAUUGACCAAAUCUUGAAUCAGUUAUUUAAGAAAAUAUUCUAUAAUUGUCACUUUACAGCAGCAGACAGAAAGUCCGGCUUCAGGAAGUGUUUCGUGAAAUCUGUGAAAGGGGAAUAUUGCAGCACCUGGGAGGGAAGUGAUGUAACGUCGGCUCGAAGCCAUUUGACAGAGUUACAUGUCAAAAGGGGAUUUUCUCUCUAAAUCAACAGACGCAGGUGGAACAUGAAACGUCUCGAGUGUUAAUGUCACUUUUCUCUGUUUGUUUUGUUUUUAAAUUAAGUUUUCUUGUUAGUGAGUGAAUCUGCUGCUCGGGAAGAAGGAACCUGAGCCGCUGUGGUGUGUGUUCGACCGGCCCCGGGUUGAUCAUUAAUUGAAAUCCCUUCAAUUACUUGAAGAGGGUGUGCUUCAACCGGACGGGGGGGCAAAGGCCCGGGUUUCCCUUCGGCUCGGGGACUUGAACGCACCGUGUAGGAUCUUUAAAGGAGAAACGAGCGGCCACGCCCACGUCCAAUCACAAGAGGAGCUGGACUUUAUUAUUAUUUAUGAAUGAAGAUUCGAAUCCGA